AUGGCCGCCGGCGGGAGCUGGACUGGAGCCGGCUGCUGCUGCGCGUGGAGGAGCGCCGCGCACCCGCACCGCAGGAGUAGUAGGGUGUGGGGACACCCGGUGCCCUCGUCCAUCUCCCGCGCGAGGGACCGGUGGGAGCGCGUGGCCGCGGUGCUGCCCGGGAGGACGGUGGCCGACAUCACGGCGCACUACGACGACCUGGAGUUCGAUGUCGGCUCCAUCGAGGUCGGCUUCGUGCCCUUCCCCCGCUGCGGCGGUGGCGCGUCGCAGUCGGCCGCCGGGUUCACGUUCGAGGCUGGCGGGACGGGCUUUAAGCGCUCCUGCCACGUGGUUGGCAGAGGCAAGCGCGAGUGCGGGCCGGACCACGAGCGCAAGAAGGGCAUCCCCUGGACGGAGGAGGAGCACAAGCUGUUCUUGAUGGGUCUGAAGAAGUACGGGCGAGGGGACUGGAGGAUCAUCUCGCGCAACUUCAUGACAAGCCGGACGCCGACGCAGGUGGCCAGCCACGCGCAGAAGUAUCUUACUGAUGUAUCAAAUUUCCAUAAAAAUGGUUCAUGA